AUGGGCGUUAACCAGAAGGAGACCCCCAACACUCCCCCCUCGUUAACCUACAUUUCGCCUUCCGCUCGAAACGGAUUAUCAGCGCCAAGUGCGCAUGUUGUGUCAGCUGCUGGAUGCACAACGACGCCAGUGCAGAAGCCGAGUACUCCACUGAUACACUCGACGGCAUGGAGGCGACUUGUUUUCGAGGAAGCGCCUCCGAAUAUCCUACACGCUGUAUCGACAAUCCCGUAUGCCUCUGGAUCCGACAAACCACUCUGGGAGUACGACCCAGAGGGCAAUCUUAAGGAAAAAUGCAAAUUUGUCGCGGCGGUGGGUCAAGGCGUUGCUAUCACAGAGGAUAAUCUUAUGACCCAGUGCCACGGCCGCAGAGUGCGCCAUAUCCUGAGAGACACACGAAAACAGGUGAACGGGUAUCUUAAGGCCCAUCAAGUUCUCCGUAGCGAGCGCUACAGACGCUUACAGUGGUCGGAAAUUGCGAGUAAGUAUCUUGCCAAUAUUGCCGUUGCAAUUGCUGUUUGUUAA